UGAACCUUCAGGUGGUGGUUGCUUUGGGACAGGAAAGAAGUAAAUUCCUAUGACAUAAUAUAUUUAUACAAUGCUGCCAAUAUUACUAUUAAUGCUAUCAACAGCUUUAGCCGACAACUGCUCGUAUAUAUACGACGGCCAGCAAUAUACUAGAUCCUCAAUACUAACCAUAAAAGGUUUACCAACAAACCUAGUGGUCAACCCAAACAAUAAAGAUCUUCACUUCACAUUGAUUGAUCUAGAAACCCUACAAAAUGACGACAUUCAAACCAAAAUGGAUCAAUACAUACUUAGAAAUGGAGAACCAAUCAAAAUUGACGAUAUUAAUGGGCAAGCAGCAGCGGUUGACGUCAAAAAUGAUAGAGUAUACAUAGGCACUGAUGAUGGAUUGACUUUGUUGAACAAAACUGACAAAGCCAACUUUGUUAGUUUAAAAGACGAAGACAUAGUCCAAAUAUUCAAACCAAAUCACGGAGAUGAUCUAUAUGUUGUUAUAUUCCCAAACAACGAAGUAUUUAAAGUAAAUUUAAAGAAGAAUGAAAAGAGAAGGGUCCAAUAUGUGCCUUGUGCUUUUAUCAUAGCUGUCGAUGCUGAUGAUAAUAUAUUUUACGAAUGCGACUCCAAAUACGUCAAGGUUCUACUCAAAGGGUUCCAUGAACCUAUUGAAUUUGUUGGAAUAGCUAAAAACGCUGCAAGAGCUAUAGCUAUUGAGGAUAAUCAUAGAGUAGUUUUAGCUGCUAACGAUGGUCUGUAUCACCUAAAAUCAGAUAAUUUAAUUCCUAAGAAGCUAAUGGACCUAGAUUUUGUGCCUGCAGGCAUUGCGUUCGAGGAUGAUGACUUCUAUAUAUCUACGAACGGGAUGGUAUACAAAUACAGUAAUGACGAUUGUGAGGAAUAAAUGAUUUGAGAAUU